GAUGUCUCACUCGGCAGAGCAGACCCCUGCUACUGAAGUGACAGCAGUUCCUACUGAUCCAUCAGACAAAAUGGAGGAACCUGUGAAAAAUCCAGUUGUCAAAACUGGACCCAGUGGUUGUACCACAGGGCCACAGAUGAUGGCACUCAACACUCAUAAGGCAGGGAUGGAAGGCCUGGAUGCUGAGAAAAUCAAUGAAAUUAUCCAAAAGGCAUCAGAAGGCUCCAGAUUUUAUCAGCAUAAGCAGAAAUGUCAAGAAAGACUCAAUGCCAAGAUAGCUGAAAUGAUGAAAGCCAAGGAUUCAUUCUCCAAACAACAGAUCAGUAAGGCGACAAAACAGAUGGACCAGUUGAUAGAUGAACUAGAACUGGAGCGUGACUUAACCCAAACAAUUGUUCAUGUGGAUAUGGACAUGUUUUAUGCUGCCGUGGAAAUGAGAGAUGAUCCAUCAUUGAGGGAUAAACCUAUGGCUGUUGGGGGCACCGGUAUGCUGUCGACCAGCAAUUACGCAGCUCGUAAAUUUGGCGUGAGAGCAGCAAUGCCCGGCUUUAUUGGUAAAAAGCUUUGCCCAGAGCUUAUCAUUGUACCACCAAACUUCACAAAGUACAAAAAAAGCAGUAAAGAAGUUCAGGAAGUUUUUGCUGAGUAUGAUCCAAACUUCAGUCCAAUGUCGUUAGAUGAGGCCUACCUAAACAUUACAGAGUACAUGAAGAAGAAUGCCCACCUUUAUGUUGAAGAUGCUCAAGAUGAUACAGAUGGUGGAUACUUAGCAGAAAGUAUUGUCAAAGAGCUAAGAGAAAAAAUUCACAAGAAAACAUCAUUAACUGCAAGUGCAGGAAUUGCGCCAAACACACGUCUAGCUAAGGUAUGCAGUGAUAUGAAUAAACCAAAUGGACAGUUUUACUUACCUCCAAAUCGACAAGUUAUUUUGGAUUUUGUUUCUUCACUCCCAGUGCGGAAGGUGAGUGGCAUUGGAAAUGUAACAGAACAACAGCUCAGUGCUCUAGGAGUAAAUGUUUGCUCUGAUUUAUUAGAAAAACGAGGCUUGUUGAGGCUCCUUUUCAGUGAUAUAAACUAUAACUAUUUUAUGAGAAUUGUCUUGGGUUUAGGCAGUACAAGUUUGGAGUCCUGGACAGAAAGAGACAGAAAAUCAAUAAGCACAGAGACCACCUUCCGAGGAACAGCAGAUAAGAAUUUUCUCUUUCAGCAAAUUGAAGAUCUUUGUCAAGAAUUAGCUGAUGAGUUAUCAGAAAAAGAUAUACAUGGUAAGGUCUUCACUUUGAAGAUUAAAACCAUCAAUUUCAAGGUAAAGACAAAAGCUCAUUCCUUCUUAGAAGCUACCCGCUCUUGUGAAGCGCUGAUAACCACUGCACGAAGACUCCUCCAGCAGGAAAUGGACGCAUCACCCGAGCCGCUGUCGCUUCGUUUGAUAGGCGUUCGAAUGUCAUCGUUAUUGAGCUCCUCUGAAGUGGGUUCAGCUCGUCAGGUUACCAUUACUGAUCUGUUUUCGAAAGCAGGUCAUUCCAAGAGUUUGGAAUCUGUUAAAUCUUCAAAGGCAGCUGCUAACAUUCUUAGUGAGAUAGCUGAAAAACUAGAAAAUAAUUGUGAUUUAAUAGUACAAAAUGUGAGUGCAGAACAAACUGUUUGUGACAAAGGAAAUGUUUGUACUACUUCAUUAAGAAUUUCCAGCUAUGAUAAUGACAAUGUUGCAAGCAAAACUGGAAACAGUAAAAUUCUCUGCAUUGAUAGUUUUUUAACUAAAUCAGAAAGGACAAAAGAUACUCUCACAAAUAAGAGUUUUAAAUGUCCAGUGUGCAAUAAAGAAAUACAAACAACUUCCAUUGCAAAGUUUAAUAUCCAUGUUGAUGCAUGUCUAGAAGGUUCUGCACUUCAGCACGAAACAUCUGACACUGAUGAUACUGUGGAUAAUUCAAUUGUAGACUCCACAGUCAAGGAAGAUGUGACAGCAAGUCAAAAAUUCAGCAGUGUUGUAUGUUCCAGUGAAAAGGAAGAUAGUGUAAGUAAUCUUGGAAAUAACCCUGCUAGAAUGGACUCAUCAAAUGUGCAAAAUCGUGAGAUGCUUACUUGCCCUGUCUGUAAUCAGUGUGAAUUUUUUGACGUAAAUCUCCUGAAUGAACAUUUAGAUGAAUGUCUAAACAAGAAAACAAUAGAUGAGAUCAUCCAUGAGAAAGACUAUUCAUCAGAUAUUGGUGCUUCUCAGAACCCUCAAGGGAGUUCUGGCAGUAGUUUCCUUGGGCUAGGAAAGACCACAAACAAAAAGAAGAAGACAGUGCAGGGAAAGGGUCAUCCCAGCAAGAAAGUGAAGGCGAGUAAUAACACACUGAGGAAAUAUUUUUCUCCUUAGUACUUAUUAUACAAGUUACAGCAUGUAUUUUGGCUUUUACUAGAGUUAUAUGUUUGGGCCUGAUAUUGUAUGUUUUUAUUGUGUGUAAUUAAGAAGUACUGGCUGUGAUCAUUGUUUAUUUUCAAUAAAGUUUACAAUUGUUAUGUAUAUGUUAACUUGGUUAUUUUUUUCAAUGCUUCAGAAAUUUUGAAAUGUUAUUGACAGUUUCCUGUCUCAAUUUUAGGGCUUGUAUCAACAAGCUAACUAAUAAAAAAAAAACUCUAUUUUUUUAUUUUUAGGCUUUUUGGUGCUUGAAAUCAUAUAUUUUAACUCCUCAUGUACAUAUUUUUAUCCCUGUGUAUUUAUUACCACAUUAAAUCUGUUACUGAAAGGGUGUAAAUGAAAUCCUUUGAUACAGCAAAUUGAUUUUAUUUCAUUUUUUCUCUCAGGUGAACUUGAUUGAGCUUUACCAAAUGAAUAAUUAAUUUCAGAGUCAGUUACCAUCUUUAAUUAAUUUUUUUUUUUGAGAGGAAAGUAUUUAAUGUCUAAAAAUACAUUUCAAAACCUGAUUUAUUUUUCAUUGUGAAUUUUGAGUUGAAUGUAAACAUCGAAUAUAUUCUUAUCCGUAUAAUGUCAUCUCCGGACGAAGAUAGCCACCUCUGCAUUUCUCUAGAAGCCUGAAAUAAGGGAUGAAAAUUACUAUUAAUAUUAUUGUUAUUAUUAUUAUUUAGUAGAUGAAACCUACUCAUAUGGAACAAGCCCACUUAAGGGGCUGUUAAUGUGGAAUUCAAGUUUCCAAAGAAUACGGUCUACAUCAGGGAGAAGUAAGAGGAAGUACGUAAAGGGAAAUACGGAAAGAAGAGAUACCAAUUAUUGAAAAAGGAAAAUAAAUGGAUAAAAAUGUAUCAAAAUGCAAGAAUAGUAUAAGGGUAGUAAUGUGUUGCCUUUUUGCUUGAACUUUUGGAGUUCCAAUUGCACAACAUCCUCUGGGGGGGAGGCUGUUUCACAGCACAAAGGCCAGAGGAAUAAAGGACACCUGGAACUGAGAAGUUUAUCAUUGUAUACUUUAUGUGAAGACCUGUUGAAGUAAGUACAUUUUACACACAGAGAUCAAAACUUAACAAAAGCAUGGUUCAAAAUUACCAAAUGAAUUCUGGUAAAACAAAAGGGAGGAAAGUGUUGAAAGACAGGUGAGGAAAAAAGUUAGAAUAUAUUUGUGGCUUGGGGAGACAUAGCACACAGAAGAUUAAGCAUCUGACACAUUACUUGCAGUAGUACCCUUAAUAGUCAGUCCUUCUCUUGGGUACUGAAUAUUUUUGGUGUAUGUAAUUGCAACAGAUUUACCAAGUGAUUUUAUUUAUUAACAACCCAAAAAAUGCCAAAGAGAAGCUUAAGACAUACCCAAACAGAAGGAAUUACUUUUAAAAAGUGAGUAAAAAUUCCAAGUGAAAAUCUGUCAAGGGAAUGUACUAAAACAUAUUGUAAAGAUUGUUUUAGAAAAUUAAUAAGCUAUGCAUUUUUUCUUUUUACCUCUCUGCCACCUAUUUUCAUACGGUGGUGUCUUCAAUUGGUUCUGCAGUGUUGAUGCUUCCACUUCCUUUAUGUUCUUAAUGGUUACUUACCCAUCCCAGCAUCAUUAGGCCUACUAACCAUUUAAAGCUUUUCUUGAUAAAUGCUCCAAAAAGUUAAGAAAAUAAAAUGAAGCAAAAUUGAGCUUACCUUGGAUCUUAAUUCUGAAACCCAUAGCGACCCCUCCAUCUGCAGAGCUGGUGGUAAAGGUUAAGACCCUAGUCACAGCUGUUGUUGUCGCGAAGUCCCGUGUACUUAAAAGGAAUUUUCCACAAAAGCUGAAAAAGUAUAUGUUCAUACAUUUGUUAAAAUUGAAUUUAUAUCAUAGGCUUAAGAGAUGAUGUUGGCGAGUAUUAGGUGAGAAAAAUACAUUUAGCUUAUUUUGCAUGAAUUGAAAAAUCAUGCCUUUCCUUCAGAAUCUGAAUGUGUUUUAGUUUCUUUUUGUGUUACUCACUAGUCCUUAGUAGUGCUUUCCAUGAAAAGGCGAUCAGGUGCCGUGGAACAGAUCGACGUCUUCGUGAAGAUCUCGGCAGCACCAUCCAGACUCAACAUCAUUAUACAUCUGGUACCCUAUGAAAAUUUUUAAGAAUAAUGAGACCAAUUGCUGAUUGAACAAAAUGCAAAGUUGUGUACUGCAUGGUAUGUCAAUGAUUUUUGCAGUAAGGUCAUUUGAAUUAUGAAAAAACCCAACUUUUGUGACCAGUAGGGGGUUAGAGUGCUGUCAGUGCACCUCACGCGGUGCACUAUAGGCAUUGCUUAAGGUCCUUUGCAGUAUCCCUUCAUUCCCUAGCAGCAACCUCUUUCCUUACUUUUCUCUACCUCCGUUCAUAUUCUCUUUCUUCCAUCUGACUUUCCGCCCUCUCUAACAAUUGGUUCAUAGUGCUACUGCAAGGUUUUCCCCUUGUUACACCUUUCAGACAAUAUUGCUGUCCAUUUCCUUUUUUAACGCUGAAUGACUUCGUAGGUCACAGUGCUUGGCCUAUGGUAUGAAUUCUGUAAUCCCAACUUUUGUAUGGUUAAGCCUAUAUAUCACCACUGCAGACAGAAGAUUAAACGAAACGUUGCCUCUGAGGUACAUUGAGCUAGAAUUAUCGAGUAUGUCAGGGCUGUUGUGCUUUCACGGAUGAUAUUGGCCAUUACAUAAGUUAAUGUUUUACAUGAUACGAGCAAACAGUUCUCUAGACCCAUGUUUCUCAACGUGGGGCAUAUGGCCCCCUUGGGGGCCACAAGAUUUUUUCAGAAGCCACAAGGCUAAAUUUGAAAAAUGGGGGGCCACAGAAAAUUUAGGACCCACAAAAUAUAUGUAUGUGUAAUAUUUUGAAAUUAAUCAUUAUUAUGCUUGGAAUUUUCCGUUUAUCAUGCUUGAGUUUGCUUUAAACAUCAUUCGAUUCAGUAUACCUGGUAAUUUUUGCAGACAAUGAAAUAUUCUCUCUCUCUCUCUCUCUCUCUCUCUCUCUCUCUCUCUCUCUCUCUCUCUCUCUCUCUCUCUCUAGUUGUCAAUGAAAUUUUUAAGCAGUAACGAUUGUGGUAGAGUGGUGAAAGGCUGAACUAUGACGUCUGCAGGAAGCAUAUAGGCAUGUUGUCAAGGCUGUCAACUUGAUAAAAAGAAAAAAAAGAGUGCACUGCAAGGUCGCCUCUUUCAGCAAUGUGAAAAGAACAAUGAAGAAUUUGAACGACUUGUGUUGCACAGUGAAGUCAGAUGCUCUCUAAGGGUAAUUGCCUGCAUCGUUUUGUUGCACUUUGGGGCAGUGUUAUCUUUCUUGAGUGGGACAGAACUUGGACAGAAAAUUGUUGAUGCAAAGAGUGACAUCUUCUACCUGUCGGACAUAUUUGAAAAGCUAAAUAAUCUGAACAAAGAGCUUCAAGGAAAUGACUCCACCCUAUUUUCCUGCAAGGAGGCAAUUACUGCAUUUAAAGGGAAACUCAAGCUGUUCUGGUUGAACCUUGGAAGACGGGAGUUUGCACAGUUUCCUUCCUAAGCAGUUAUAUCCACCGAGCUGCUUGAUGAUGACCUAGCAGUGUAUGUUGACCAUCUGAAGCAGUUGCAUAAUGAUAUGGAAACUCGCUUCUCUGACCUACUCCAAAUGACUGUGCCACGCUGGUUUGUGGAUCCCUUCAUUGCUGAUGCAUUUGAAGUUGAUGUCACCCUACAAGAAAGUUUCAUUGAACUUCAGAAUAAUAAAACAGCUCAAGCGAGGUUCAAGCGUGGAGGACACCAGAAGCUGAAGAUGAAUCAAGAUGUGUAUAAGAAGUACCCACUACUCUGGAAAGAUGUGAAGUUGCUCUUACUUGCCUUUCCCACUUCUUACUUGGUUGAGAGUGCUUUCAGUCGGGUGAUAUACCUGCUGUCAAAGACAGGAAAUCGCCUUGACAUAGAAAAAAAAGAAAGAAAGAAA